CCUCUUCUCCACGUCGGCACAGCUGGAAGAUGGACGCUCUGAUUCUGGAGCCUUCUUUGUAUACUGUGAAAGCUGUUCUGAUCCUGGACAAUGAUGGUGAAAGGCUGUUUGCAAAGUACUAUGAUGACACGUAUCCAACUGUGAAAGAGCAGAAAGCAUUUGAGAAAAAUAUCUUCAACAAAACCCACAGGACAGACAGUGAAAUUGCACUUUUGGAGGGUCUAACAGUGGUGUACAAGAGCAAUAUUGAUUUGUAUUUUUACGUUAUUGGUAGCUCACAUGAGAAUGAGCUGAUGCUUAUGGCAGUGUUGAACUGCUUAUUUGAUUCCCUUAGCCAAAUGCUCCGCAUUUUAAGCCUUGUGCUCCUCAUCGGGUGUCCCCUCCCUAUUGGCCUAUCUCACUUGGAUUCCUAG